GAUGUCCCGGGAACCUAGGACAUACAUUCUUUUCCUGUUCCUUUUUCUGAGCCAUGGAAUGGCAAGUCAUAGAGUUCCAGAUUCCAGGCAGGAUUUGUAUCCCCUGUUGCAAAAAAUGGCGGAAGAAAUAAUAGAUGGAAGCUAUCUGAAUGCCUUACUGGAUCUCAUACAGUUUCAAAGCUCCCAUGGGUGGACAGCGGACCUGUCCCACAGAGUCCUGGAGUAUCUGAAUUCACGGAAUGUUGCCUUCACCAUCCCCAGCCUGCAGGCAGCCAUGGAAAACCACCUGGAGCAGCGUCUGUACCAGCCCCAGAAGCUGCUGGAGGACCUGAAGGAAACAGAUGCUCAGCAGUUCCGCACCGCCAUGAAAUGCCUCUUGGAAGACAAGAAGGACCGCCUGGAGCUGGAGGAUGUCGUUAUUGACUUGGGAGAGAUUCGGAAACAAGCCUUGCAGAGCCCUGGCGUGAACCGCAGCCUAUUUCUCAUCACACUGGAGAGGUGUUUCCAGGUGCUGAACUCCCUGGAAUGUGUGGAGAUCCUGGGCAGGGUACUGAAGGGCUCCUCAGGCAGCUUUCUCCAGCCAGACAUCCCAGGGAAGCUCCCCCGGCACCUGCAAGAGGAUGCUUUCAAGAACCUAUCUGCAGUGUUCAGAGAUCUCUACGACCAAACCUCGGCUCAUUCCCAGAGAGCUGUCUACACCUGGAUGACUGGGAUUUUGCAGACAUCCUCCAAUGCUACUGAUGACUCUGUUUCAUGGGUCAGUGCAGAAAACUUAUGGAUUUUGGGCAGAUAUAUGGUUCACCUCUCAUUUGAAGAAAUUACGAAAAUUAGUCCUGUAGAAAUUGGGCUGUUUAUCAGCUAUGACAAUGCCACCAAGCAGCUGGACACAGUUUAUGACAUCACCCCUGACCUGGCCCAGGCGUUUCUGGAGAGGAUCAGCUCCUCCAGCUUUGACAUGAGGAAUACCUCCACCAUCCACAGGCUGGGGCUGCUGGUCUGUUUCUACCAUGACCUGGAUUUGCUGGACGCCGCGGUGGCUCAAGUCCUCCUUCACCAGAUGAUCAAGUGCAGCCAUCUGAGGGGCUUCCAGGCUGGGGUUCAGAAGCUCAAAGCCAACCUCCUGGACAUUGCCACGGAGAACCAGACCCUCAAUGAGACUCUGGGCUCUUUGUCGGAUGCGGUUGUGGGCUUGACCCACAGUCAGCUGGAAUCCCUCUCCCCCGAGGCUGUGCAUGGCGCCAUCUCAACUCUCAACCAGGUCUCAGGCUGGGCCAAGAGCCAGGUCAUCAUCUUGUCUGCCAAAUACUUGGCCCAUGAGAAGGUGCUGUCUUUCUACAACGUCAGCCAGAUGGGCGUGCUGCUGGCUGGGGUUGGCACCCAGGCCUUCUACAGCAUGGAUCGCAGGGACCUCUUGCAGGUCCUGAGAAGCACGAUCUCCCUGCAUGUGUCCGACUUGUCACCUGCCCAGCAGCAAGGCGUCCUCAGCAAGAUGAUCGAAGCAGGAGACACUGUCUCAGGCAUUUUGGAAAUACAGGGGGCUUUCUUUAAAGAAGUAUCUCUCUUCAAUUUACGGAGGGAACCCGGAUUUAACACAACAGUCCUAAAGGAAAAGGAACUUCGGAGGAGUCAGGCCUUGUUCCUGUUUGAGCUUCUGUCAAAGACAACCAGAAGGCCUGAGGAGCUGCUGAGCACAGGGCAGCUGGUCAAAGGCGUGACGUGCUCGCACAUUGAUGCCAUGAAUGCGGACUCCUUUCUGGCCCAGUUCCACUAUUUUGAGAACAACCUCUCCCUGCUCUCACCGUAUCAGGUUAAUUGUUUGGCGUGGAAAUACUGGGAGGUCUCCAGAUCCUCUCUGCCGCCCUUCCUCUUGGCUGCCCUCCCGGCUCACUACCUGGCUUCUGUCCCAGCUUCCCAGUGUGUGCCCUUUCUGAUCAGCCUGGGGAAGAGUCGGUUGGACUCCUUGGUUUUAGAUACCCACAAGAAGAAUUCAGUCCUUAGGAAGGUACAGCAGUGCCUGAACAACUCCAUUGCCGACGAGUUCAUGGUAGACAUCGUGGGGGACCUGCUCUGCCACUUGCCGGCAGCCACCAUUCACCACGGGGUCUCCCCCCGGGCCUGGGCCACAGCCCUGCAUAGACUCCGAGACUGCCCGCACCUCAGCCCGGAGCAGAAGGCUGCAGUGAGGCUCAGGCUCCUGGAACAGCAGGGACUCCCCGGGAACUGGACAGCUGAGACUACGAAGGACUUGGGACCCUUUCUAGUACUUUUCUCAGGAGAUGAAUUAAGCUCUAUUGCCACAAAGUUUCCUGAUAUCCUUCAACAAACAGCUUCCAAGAUGGCCGGGACUUUGCUCCCCAAAGAAUUCCUCUGGGCUGUCUUUGAAUCUGUCCGAAACAGCAGUGAGAAGAGCCUCAGCUCUGACCCCAGCCCUGGUUGCCAUGGAGUCGUGGCUCCUUCCUCUGGUGACAUCUUCACGCUGGCUGAAGCCAAUGCCUGCUGGGCCCCCGAGGACCUGCUCUGCAUGGAGGAGCACACGUUCAUCAGGAACGUGGAACUUCUGGGGGCUGUCAGGGGUUUUGACCAACCUCAGCUGAUGACCCUGAAGGAGAAGGCAGUACAGUUUUGGGACAUGCCUUCUUACUGGAAAGAGUACCAUAUUGUCUCCCUGGGGCGCAUUGCUCUGGCUCUUAAUGAGAGUGAGCUGGAGCAGCUGGAUCUCAGCUCCAUUGACACUGUGGCUUCCCUCAGCCAGCAGACAGAAUGGACCCCAGGACAGGCUAAAUCCAUUCUGCAAGGAUUCCUGGAGGAUGCAGGCUAUCGUAUCCAGGAUCUGAAGAGUUUCCACUUAGUAGGACUUGGUACAACCUUGUGUGCUAUGAACAUCACUGAAGUCUCACUUAUAAAAAUCUCAGAAUUCAGGGUGGUGGUGGCCAGAAUCGGAACUCUGCUCUGCAGCACCCAUGUCUUGGCCGAGUUUAAGAGGAAGGCAGAAGUUGUAUUUGGGGAUCCCGCCAAGUGGUCCGGCCCUGUCUUGCAGGAGCUCGGGACCAUUGCAGCUGGAUUAACUAAGGAAGAGCUCCAAAUGCUGGACAAGGAUUUGAUGCCGUAUUUCCAGCCAUCAGCAAUCAAAUGCCUUCCUGCUGAGAUAUUCAAAGAGCUGUCCGCGGAGCAGAUAGCCUCCUUGGGUCCCGAGAACGCAGCGGCGGUGACCCCAGCCCAGCGCAGGCAGCUCAGCGUGUUGCAGCUGCAGAGCCUCCAGCGGGCGCUAGAUGGCGCCAAGACUCGCUCCUGGCUGGACACGCCCCCGAGCGCCAGCCCCGCCCGGACCGUCUCCUCCGCUUCUACUCUAGGAGCCCCCAGCGCCUGGGGUCUUUGGCUCUGCUGUCCUUUGCUGGUUCUUAUGGCGGAGACCGUGUGGUGAGCAGCGUGUGUGCAUCGCCCUUCAGUUCUCAAGCAGCUGGCCCAGGGUGUGUGGAAACAGAGGCACUUCAGACUGUGAGACCCCCUACCCCAAUCCACAGCCUCCGCUGGGGCGGGGAGACCCCAG